AUGAACAGACUUGUUUCACCAAACUGUCUCAAGUGCCCUACCUUUCGUGCGGGUAAAUGCGCAGGAAAAGCAACAAAGCGGCUUGUUGCAACUGAUGCGCCGCGUACUCGCAAAGACAAACAGGAAGGAGAUAUUUCUUCCGUUUUUUCAACUUUUUCUGGCCGAAAGAGCGCACCACUUCCCAGCCGCUUCAGGGAUUUAAAGAAGAAUUUGACCGUUGGAUUUGAGGAGGAGAUUCAGAAGUCUUGGGAUGACCUAGUUGAGACUUUGAAAGUUCGGACCGAAGAAGUCGCUACCAAGAGAGAGGCUAUUAUUCCACAACUCAACUUUUCCGAUAUUCAGGCUGGCAAUGUAUCUCCGGCAAACAUUGAAGCCAUUCGACGCACUGGUGUUGCUGUCAUUAGAGGAGUUGUACCAAAGGGUGUCACGGAGGACCUCCUUUCUGAUGUUCGUCAAUACUUUGAUGGCAAAUCCUUCAAGGGAUUCCCAUCGGAUGCGGAAAAGAAGGUUAUCUACGAGUCAUACUGGAGUCCCUCUCAAGUGAAAGCGAGGUCGCACCCUAACAUGCUUUCUGCACAAUCCUGGAUGAAUCAGCUCUAUCGUGCCGAUCCAGACCAAAAGAUUGAUCUUUCGGUCCCAUUGACUUACUGUGACCGCGUUCAGAUCCGUCCUCCUGGUGUCGAGAGGUGGGAGGACAACGCUUACAACCAUGUCUACCGCAACAUAUUCCAAGGAAAAUGGCGCGAGUACAACCCAUGGGAUCUGACUGGUCGUCUUGAUGCCAACAUGAACUUGUAUGAGGCACCAGGAGGUUGCUCUGUCUUCCGAGCGUUCCAAAGCUGGCUUGGACUGUCUCGCCAUGGGCCCCAAGAAGGUACUCUGGUCGUGCAUCCUAUCCUGCAGCCUACCACUGCCUACUGGAUGCUUCGACCAUUCUUUAAGCCAACACGAAAGGGCUCCCUGGACGGAUGGAAGUUUUCACUGGAUGAUGAAGAGGGCAAUAUCUAUUUGCAUGGUGCUAAUCCGGGUACCGCUCAAGAGCAUACCCCUGACCACCACCCUCAUCUCAAUCUCAGCGAGACUAUGAUCCCCUAUCCUACUGUUGAACCAGGUGACACCGUCUUCUGGAGCGCCGAUACAAUUCACGGAACGGAGACUGUGAACUCAGGAAAGAACGAUGCUUGCGUGUUCUACAUUCCUUCGGUCCCGCUGACGCCUAGUAAUGCGCAAUAUGUCGCUCAGCAGCGUGAUGCUUUCUUGAAGGGCGUUCCCCCACCGGACUUCCCCGGUGGCCUUGGCGAGUCUCAGUUCUCCGACAGAGCAACAGUUGAAGAUAUCCAGUCUGAAGCUGGUAGGGCUGCUAUGGGUCUGGAUCCUAUCAAGCCGAAUGGCAAGAACGACAAGCUUGUGCAAGAGAUCAACAACAUUCUGGGCCACUAG